AUGGGAGAAGAUCCUAUUGCUUCUGAGGCAACCCCUCCAGCUUCUGGUCCGGAUCCUGUGGCUGAUGGCACGAAGAACGAUAUCUCAGAUGGCGCAACGAAAGAUUCUACGGAAAACCCCGUGCCUCCCAACGCGGAGGUACCCAAAGACAGUGCUGAUGCCAGCCAAGGAGGACCGCCAAUCCCUGUAUACCUUCCUCCAGGAAGCAAUGAGCUACCGGUUGAAGAAAGGGUGGCAAAGCCUGGCGUUCGAUACUACAAUUAUCAAGGUUUCGUGAACCGGCUGGAUUCAGAUGGAGAAGAUUUUGGCAUUGAAGUCCUCGUCACAGGAACUGACUGGCAUGAGGAGGUCUCAAUCGAAACCCACAAGAGAUGGGAACCCUCGCCCCCCCCUCCUCCUCCGGUUCCGGCACAGCCUCCGACAACACAGCAGCCUGAACAGCCAACAGUCGAUGUUACGGACGCGACACCCAAACAACCAUCACCACCACUGCAUGUGGAGAAUCCGAGCACUGGCUAUGUUCCGUAUUAUAUUCGAAACAGAGUAUCUGAGUACCUUGCGGCCGAUCCACUAGAGAAAAAGUACUCCUUCAGCGAUAAGAUUGAGUUUUCAUCAGGCUCUGAGAGUAUUCUCGAAGGACGUAUCAUGCGUGUCAGAAUCCGAAGCCCGAAAAUCAUGGCCGCUCUUGGAGCCGCCUCAGGUUGCAGGCAGUUGUCAAAUGACAAGUCGGUGUUUGAAUUCCAUCGCCCGUUUCGAAUCAUCGAGGAAUGUCACAGCGAGAUGAAAGAGAAGCUGGCCGAGAUGGAGAACAUACACUUUGCAUCUGCCUCGUCAAGCGACAUAGCCCUAGCUGAGGAUAUUACCUUGGCUAGUCAUGAACCAGCUUCUCCAGCAGAAUCACCCAAGGCCACAACCGAGCUGACUCCGGACGAAGUGGCGCCGGAAGGGAAAGAGGAAAACUUGCAGUUCACGAUGGAGGAUGUGGAACACAUGAGGCAAUAUGUCGGCUUUGUGGAAAAGGCCAUUCUUCCAAUUCGUGAGACAUUCCAAUAUGUGGAACAAAAGACGCCUCCACGGGUGUGUUUCGAAGACAUACCAUAUCUGUUCAAACCAGGAGCGCUGGUUAUCGUGACAGAGAAAGCCAGAUCUGGCAGAACACUUCACCGGUCUGCCGUUCAACGGAUAUGGAGACUCGUUUCGUGCCAACCUUCCGAUGUUCGAACAGGGACGCAUUAUGAAGAAGAUGAUGAAGGCAACGAAUACACGACCACGACAUGGAGCAUGUACAGUCUCGACUAUGAUGGAGAGAUACUAGUGCCUGUAUGGAAGUCCUUUCGGUUCCUACGAUUCGACGGGGAACGGGACAUCACUUCUUUGGGGUGCUACCCACUGGAGUUUGACUCUAAGGGUGCCAAAAUCCUUGAAGAGCAAAAGGUCUCAGGCGAAAGAUUCAAAUCAUGCCUGACUGGAAAGUGGAAGCAUUUUUUCUACUUGGGAUGGACUUUUAUUACCGGCCUUCGUGGUGAAUUCCUAGAAGAUGAGAAAGGCAACUUCAUCCAGCAUCCGGAGUACAUCGAGAGCGAGAUUGUUGUUGACUUCAAGGAAACACUCCAGAGCUAUCCUGGAUGGGAAACAGAACAACUAACCCAGUCGCUCGCGCGUAAUAAUUGGGAUUGGGAUGGAUCCGCACAACAUCAACUGCGAAUUUGGGAAGAAGACCGCAAAGGCUCUCACGGCCGACGGCGAUACCGAGUUGUGUACUCCCCGAUCCUAAUCGAAGAGAGUGAACUCUAUAGGCGGGAGGCAGAUAAAUGGCAAGCGCAGGACGUUUUUCUCUCCGGAAAAGCGGAUUUCAAGAGCAAGGAUUGGUCUGCCGAGGAUUUUGCUCUUCUUCCCAAAAGGGUCUUUGCUUAUGUCUUACGAGAGAGGAGGUUCGCCCGCCUCGACGUUGCCGGCAUUGACCUACAUACGGAGCAGAGCAAUGUGACUCUGGACGACAUCCAGAUGGAUCAAAAACGUAGGCGGAUGAUUCGGUCUUCAGUAUCGGCUCAUUUCAGAGACAAAAACAAGCCCUCGACUUCUGAACUCGACAUGUUCCGGGGCAAGGGCAAGGGCCUUGUCAUACUUCUUCAUGGUGCUCCUGGAGUCGGUAAAACCGCUACAGCGGAGGCCGUUGCAGCUGAGAACAACAGACCGCUCUUUCCCAUCACCUGUGGUGAUUUAGGGUUCUCUCCAGGCGAGGUUGACAAGGCGCUUCGGGACAUCUUUCGCUACGCUCACUUGUGGACUUGCAUAUUGCUUUUUGAUGAGGCCGAUGUAUUCCUCACCCAAAGGGAUCGCAGUGGUGGAAAUCUUGAGCGCAAUGCUCUAGUAGGAGUCUUCCUUAGAGUCUUGGAGUACUACAGCGGCAUUCUGUUCAUGACUACCAACCGAGUUGGGGCUCUGGAUGAAGCUUUUCAAUCUCGCGUGCAUCUCAGUCUUUCUUACCCCAACCUGAGCUUAGUCGACACAAUCGAGAUUCUGAGGUUCAAUCUCGAUCGGCUUCCGAGAAUCAAUAAAGCCGAGGGCAAGACGGCGCAGGGCGGAUACCUGAAGAUUUUCGACAUACCAAUCAUAGAAGGACCCUGGAACGGGAGGCAGAUCCGUAACGCAGUCCAGAUCGCGGCAGGUCUUGCUCUUUACGAAAAGCAGACUGGAUCCGGAGACAACGACGAUGAGGACGAUCCACCGUAUUUGACCGCGGAACAUUUCCGAGCCGUCGCGGAUAUGACCUACGAGUUUGAGGACUAUCUGAGUCUUGCCGGGAAAGGUGACGCCCAGGUUCAAGCCAGACGCCGCCGAGAUCGUGCAGACCAGUUCCAUGGAAGAGAAGAUCAACGCCUGGAGGUGGACAUGGAAGUUAUCGGAGAGACAAUACUCCCUCAAGGAGUGGCGGCUACACAUCAGGUGCAAGAACUGCCGCUGGCAGAGAUCGCGGCUCAACGCCUAGAUCAUCUGGGGUGUCUGGUCAAGAUUUUAGCACAAGAACGAGGCCAUCUCCUAGAAACCUUGAUCGAGCGCCGGAACGCUCUCGUGCGAGUCAAGUUCCCCGCCGUUCUAUAG